AACGGGGUGGGGGACCCCAGCCCCAGUGGGGGAGUGUGCAUCGGCGUCCAUCCACAUUUGGUGUCAGAACAGUUGUCACCGCCGUAUUCCUGCAGCCACCGCCCAUAGGCCCCGAGCAUCCUGCAUGUGCGUCCGGCGAGCCCAACAGAUAUAUAAGCAGGCCGUUGGCAGGCGAAUGUGGAUUUUUUACCAACUAUUCUAUUAGUACUACACAAGAAUGUCUGCUCCAACUGGUGAUAUUGGUUUGAUUGGUUUGGCCGUCAUGGGUCAAAACUUGAUCUUGAACGCUGCCGACAACGGGUUUACUGUUGUUGCUUACAACAGAACCGUCUCAAAGGUCGACGAGUUCUUGGACAACGAAGCCAAGGGUAAGUCCAUCAUUGGUGCCCACUCCAUCGAGGAAUUGUGUGCCAACUUGAAGAGACCAAGAAGAAUCAUCAUCUUGGUCAAGGCCGGUGCCCCAGUCGAUGCUUUCAUUGACCAAUUGUUGCCACACUUGGAAAAGGGUGACAUCAUCAUUGACGGUGGUAACUCCCACUUCCCAGACUCUAACCGUCGUUUCGAAGAAUUGAAGAAGAAGGAUAUCCUCUUCGUCGGUUCCGGUGUUUCUGGUGGUGAAGAAGGUGCCCGUUACGGUCCAUCUUUGAUGCCAGGUGGUCACCCAGAUGCUUGGCCACACAUCAAGGACAUCUUCCAAUCCAUUGCCGCCAAGUCCGAUGGUGAACCAUGUUGUGACUGGGUUGGUGAUGCCGGAGCUGGUCACUACGUCAAGAUGGUCCACAACGGUAUUGAAUACGGUGACAUGCAAUUGAUCUGUGAAGCUUACGACUUGUUGAAGCGUGUCGGUAAGUUCACCAACAAGGAAAUCGGUGAUGUCUUCGCUCAAUGGAACAAGGGUGUUUUGGACUCCUUCCUUAUUGAAAUCACUAGAGAUAUCCUCUACUACAAUGACCCAACCGAUGGUAAGCCAUUGUUGGAAAAGAUCUUGGACACUGCCGGUCAAAAGGGUACUGGUAAGUGGACUGCUAUCAACGCCCUUGACUUGGGUAUGCCAGUCACCUUGAUUGGUGAAGCUGUCUUCGCCAGAUGUUUGUCUGCUCUCAAGGACGAAAGAGUUAGAGCUUCUACCUUGUUGGAAGGUCCAUCCGUCGAAGGUGAAUCUCCAAUCACCGACAGAAAGAAGUUCGUUGAUGACUUGGAACAAGCCUUGUACGCCUCCAAGAUUAUCUCUUACGCUCAAGGUUUUAUGUUGAUCAGAGAAGCUGCUAAGGAAUACAACUGGAAGUUGAACAACCCAGCUAUCGCUUUGAUGUGGAGAGGUGGUUGUAUCAUCAGAUCCGUUUUCCUUGGUGAAAUUACCUCUGCUUACAGAGAAACCCCUGACUUGGAAAACUUGUUGUUCCACCCAUUCUUCAAGGAUGCUAUUACCAACGCUCAAAAGGGUUGGAGAUCUACCAUUGGUAAGGCUGUUGAAUUUGGUGUCCCAGUUCCAGCUUUCACCACUGCUUUGUCUUUCUACGAUGGUUACAGAUCUGCUCAAUUGCCAGCUAACUUGUUGCAAGCCCAAAGAGAUUACUUCGGUGCUCACACCUUCAAGGUCUUGCCAGGUCAAGAAAACGACUUCUUGAAGAAGGAUGAUUGGAUCCACGUUAACUGGACUGGUAGAGGUGGUAAGAUUUCUGCCUCCACUUACGAUGCUUAAGCUAAUAGACAUCACCCUUCUGCCACGUUCAAAAGGUGUAUAGUGUUAACUCGAGUAAUAAAUUUAAAUACGAUUAAGUGU